AUAGAGAAAGGUGGAAAGUGUUUUCGUGGCCUAACCCUGGGGCAGGGUGAGAAAGGCGAUGAUGAUGAAAGAUUACAGAGCUCUAGGACUCCUUUGACUUCACUGACUGAGAGGAUGACCGUGCCAAAGAUGACCCUCGGCCAGAAGGCUGUGAAGUCUGCCCAGGUGGUGGAGCGCACUUUGGAGAACAGACCUGUGUUUGCUAUGCUAAUCAUUGGGACAGCUCUGCUGUUUGCGUCGCUGCUGUUCCUGAAUUUCCUGUCUGCUAGUCCAAAUAUGAGCCAUGGCCUGUUCAAUCACAGCAUCAGCGGUGUCUCUUCCAUGUAUCCCCUCAACAUCACGCCAGCUGGCUGGGCAUUCUCCAUCUGGGGAGUCAUCUACCUUCUGCAGCUCUCGUGGAUCCUGUACAGCCUGGCACUAAUCUGCCGCCAGACGCCGGAGGGACCUGCCUACCUCAACCCGAUGGUCUUGUCUCCUGCCUUCUUCAUUUUCUUCAGUUUGAGUUCUGCCUUCAACAUCAGCUGGCUUUUCCUCUGGGACCAGCUUCUUUUCCUGGCCUCUUUCAUCUUCCUCGCCUGUAUCGCUGUCUCUCUUUACCUAACGGUGACCAUCGCCGCAAACAGAGUGGUUUUGUAUAGAGAGAAUUUGAUUGAUAAUGGACGUGGUUGUGAAGUUUCUUUCCUUCAAGUGGCUGUUGUCAACGGUGUUUCCAUGUACGCGACCUGGACGACAAUCGCCACCUUGAUUAACCUGGGGGUUGUGUUGGUCUACAAGUGGAGCCGACCCAUCAGUAAUGAGAACGCAUCGAUCAUCUGCCUAGGCAUCCUGGCAGUCAUUGCUGUGGUCUAUGUGGGCUUGGACAUAACUGUCCUCGAGCGCUACACUCGCUACUCUGUCACACCAUACCUUGUUGUCACAUGGGCGCUGUCUGCAAUUAUUGCCAAGAACUGGGAUCCCAAAAAUGCAUCGUCCAUCAUUGCUGCCGUUUUGCUUGGCGCUUUUGGUCUUGCUAGUUUCAUGAAAGUGGGUCUUGCUACAUACAGGGGCAGGUCUCAGGCUUAUCAGUACAGACAGAUGAAAGCGGGUAGGCCCAGACCAUAAGAUGUCAUUGUUUUUUGCUUGAAACAAGGGGUUUUUCUCCUCAAAUCAGUACUAGCUUUAUGUAUCAGUGAUUUUUAAUGUGAUGCUGCUUUGUGGAAGAAUCAAUAACGCGCUUGUUGGUGUGUGGUGUGUGGAGAUGAUGGUGCUUUGAAGUUGUUGGAAGCUGUUUUGUAGUGUUUAGCUGCUGUUUCUCUUUUUGUAUCUUUCAACUUCCUUGCUGAAGAAGCCCAGUCGAACAUUUCAUUUUUUUUGUACAUGAAAUUAAAGCAUAAUUAAUUUACCGUGAUUUGAUGAUGUAAUCAGACUACAAGCAGUGAUUAGAUAUAAUAUCUUUCGUUUUCUUCGUUUUCUCACAUAUAUUUUAUCUUUUAGAAAUGAUAAGGAAAUCUCAUUCAUUUUGUAAAACAUGAAGCCUACUAAUGUUCAAGCUACAGAAUUUUGUUUUCCGGCGUCUGUGGUGUAGCGCUUAGGUGCUUCUCUUUUGCACACAGGAGACCUGAGUUUGAUUCCCGAGUGGGAAAGAUUUCUUUUUGAGUAGCUGCACGAAUGUUGAAGUCCUCUCGUGUUGGCCCCAUCAAGCAUGAUUGAAGUUCGCUUCCUGAAUUAUCUUUCUAAAAUUGUGUCUGUUGGGGUGUUAAAAGCACUUACAUUUUAGAAAGAAAGAAAAAAUCUUGUUUAGUAUGAAGGUUACCAUUUUGCUGAAAACGGUGAAUUGCUUUGCCAGUGUGCAGUCUUUCCCUUCCUAAAAUAACAGUUGUUAUUUGCCUCUUAUUGCAAAUUCAUGAUCAUGUAUGUGUUUACAAGUUUGAUUUGGCCAGGUUCUUCUUUCUCCACCUGUUUUUAUUAUAAUAGGAGAAGGGAUAGUUUUAUGUAUGUAUAUUAUAUGUAGACCGACAAUGGAGUCUGCUUAAACCAAAAUGUGGUUUAUCCAAAAACAGGGGUGAAUCAAAGAGGAAUAAAUGGGAUUUUUAAAUAUUUAUAUUUGAGCAAUCUUUCUUUACCAAAACCUGGCUAAACCAAAGAAAAUCUGGCAGUCCUGCAGGUUUGGGUUUUAGCGGAACUCCACUUUAUUUUAAAUCUUUGGUUUUGUACCCUGGAGUCUAGAGGUAUAUAGUAUAUAUAUGGGUAGUUUUCUUGACUGGCACAGCAAGCUUUUGUACUAAGUUUUGAUUUCUCAAAGUCAAAGUUCCCCAAUACUUUUUCUUCUUCGAGGUAUGGCCCAAAAAAAAAAGAAAAGAAAAUGCAUGUCUGCCUUACUUGCUGACAGUGUAGUAACAAUUUAUAAUUUCUCAUUCUCUUCCUGGGAAACAGCAAGUUGUCUCUAUGCAGGAGUCUUUUGAAAAAAGGUUUUGAGUUUGACAUACAAAUUUAUAGAAAGGCCCUCUGUAUUGAGUACUUUUUCUAGCUUUUCAUUAUAACAGAAAGUGAGACGACAUGUAACUCUUAACAUGAUGUAAAUGUUUGUUAAAGUGGUCUAUGUUACAAAAGUUAUCUCCAGGCAGCAUAUAUGAAUCUAAUUAUAAUUGUAUCAUGAUAAAGAUUUAGAUAAAAUGAAAUAGGUAGGCAUGUGAAUCUUGUUUUAGUUAUAUCAAAGUGAGAGAUUUAGGGAAAAUAAAUGAGGUAAGCCUACAGACUUAGUGAGUUCCAUUCUGCCAAACAGAACAAGUUUUUAGUUUGUUUACUUAACUCUUUUGUUGUACAUAUAUAUUGUAAUAAAAUUUAAAGCAUGUCACACACUGAGAUCUGUAUACACACACACACACUCACAUUCACAAAAAUUCCAAUUCCAGCGUCCCCGCUGGUUUAAAAAAAAAGGAACAUGAUGAAUCUAAUGAAAUUUGAGUUUUGGGUGCAUUUUGUAUGCAUAUUAUCAUUAUUUUUGUUUUCAUUUAUCAUGUGUACAUAUUUGUUGAUUGAUGAUGAUUUACAAAUGAAUAAAGAUUGCGUGAUUUUGUCUUGAUUUAUAAAAU